AUGAAGUUCUCUCGUUUUGCGAUUGCUAUCGCAUUGUCAGUAAUAUGCAGUACCAACCGGUCGUGCGCGCAGACACCGCCGGGAUUUUCUCCAGCGACAAAUAAGUCACUUGAUGCGACCUUUGCAGGUACAAAAGCAGCUCUUGGCGGCUCAGUCCCCCUUAGCGACACAAAAGCUUCUCCCCUGAUUACGGCCGUGCAGCCCCUCAAUGUAUCUUCGUCCCACAUAGUAAUGAUGGUAGACCUUGACACUCCUGGCGGUGCCUCUAACAGAAGCCUUGCGCCCUACCUUCACUGGCUCUUUAUGGUGCCAAAGGGGGCCACACGGCUGCAUAACGAAACAAAUUCCACAUCUUCAAUCGCGCCGUAUGUUGCACCAGGACCUCAUGUCGGGGAUGGCCCGCACCGAUAUGUCAUUCUUCUCUUCGCAAAUCCUAGGUCAUCUUUCACCAUGCCAGUAAGCUUCCGGAAUCGCAACUUGACCGAUCUGUACGGUCGCGUCAUCUUCGAUGUCAACAAAUUUGCCACGGAGGGUCAUUUUGAAGUUGUUGCCGCUACUUGGUUCGAGACGGAGAGAAAAGCGGUUGUCCCUAUCACCUCAGCUGCUAACUUGGGCAGCGUGGAUUCGAUGGCACUAUUUCCUUGGACAUCUUCUUUGUUCAUAAUGGGUCUCGUAUCAUGGAUGAUGAUGUGA